GUAGUUAACUUUGCAUUUAGAGCAGCUUCAUCUGAAGACCAGCGCGGUGGACCUAGGCACUCUCUUCUCAUUGCCGGUUGCAAUGGCCUUUUCCUUGUUCUAACCUGGUGGCUUGUGGGACCAGGGGUUCGGCGGGUGGGAGAAGAGUUUGGCCAUAGUCUUCCUUCUGCAUUUCACACACAUCCUGCGCUCGCUCGCUCGCUCUCGCUCUCUCUCUCUCUCUCUUUUGCGCACACACACGCACACACACACACACACACACGCACGCGCGCCCGCUCGGGCCCCUCUCGGUGUGUCUUCCUUCAAGAUGACAGGGCGCUGGAGAAAAGGCUGCUGGAAUCAGCUGGUGAAAGCCCAGCCUCUGUGGUUCUUAAUGCCCCAGCAGGAUUAUUUUCACUAAAGAUGGAAACACUGGAGUCCGAAUUGACCUGUCCAAUCUGCCUGGAGUUGUUCGAAGACCCCCUUCUGCUCCCUUGUGCCCACAGCCUCUGCUUCAGCUGUGCCCACCGCAUCCUGGUCUCGAGCUGCAGCUCUGGCGAAUCCAUUGAACCCAUCACCGCUUUCCAGUGUCCCACGUGCAGGUAUGUUAUCUCGCUGAACCACCGGGGCCUGGACGGCCUCAAGAGGAAUGUGACUUUGCAGAACAUUAUCGAUCGCUUCCAGAAGGCUUCAGUCAGUGGGCCCAAUUCCCCAAGUGAGAGCCGCCGGGAGAGGACUUACAGGCCCAGCACGGCCAUGUCUAGUGAGCGAAUUGCUUGCCAGUUCUGUGAGCAGGACCCGCCACGGGAUGCAGUGAAGACAUGCAUCACCUGUGAGGUCUCCUACUGUGACCGGUGCCUGCGGGCCACACACCCCAACAAGAAACCUUUCACCAGCCACCGCCUGGUGGAACCAGUGCCAGACACGCAUCUUCGAGGGAUCACCUGCCUGGACCACGAGAACGAGAAAGUGAACAUGUAUUGUGUGUCCGAUGACCAAUUGAUCUGUGCCUUAUGCAAACUGGUGGGACGUCACCGAGACCAUCAGGUCGCGUCCCUGAAUGACCGAUUUGAGAAACUCAAGCAAACUCUGGAGAUGAACCUCACCAACCUGGUUAAGCGCAACAGUGAACUAGAAAAUCAAAUGGCCAAACUAAUACAGAUCUGCCAGCAAGUUGAGGUGAAUACUGCUAUGCAUGAGGCAAAACUCAUGGAAGAAUGUGACGAGUUGGUAGAGAUCAUCCAGCAGAGGAAACAAAUGAUCGCUGUCAAAAUCAAAGAGACAAAGGUUAUGAAACUGAGAAAGUUGGCACAGCAGGUGGCUAAUUGCCGCCAGUGUCUUGAGCGGUCAACGGUCCUCAUCAACCAGGCUGAACAUAUUCUGAAGGAAAAUGACCAGGCCCGGUUUCUCCAGUCUGCAAAAAAUAUUGCCGAGAGGGUCGCUAUGGCAACAGCAUCUUCUCAAGUUCUGAUUCCAGACAUCAAUUUUAAUGAUGCCUUUGAAAACUUUGCUUUAGAUUUUUCCAGAGAAAAGAAAUUGCUGGAGGGGCUAGAUUAUUUAACAGCCCCAAACCCACCAUCUAUCCGAGAGGAGCUCUGUACGGCCUCCCAUGACACCAUUACAGUCCACUGGAUCUCGGAUGAUGAGUUCAGCAUCAGCUCCUAUGAGCUUCAGUACACCAUAUUCACUGGCCAGGCUAACUUCAUCAGUAAGUCAUGGUGUAGUUGGGGCCUGUGGCCAGAGAUAAGGAAAUGUAAGGAAGCAGUAAGCUGCUCAAGAUUGGCCGGGGCGCCACGAGGCCUGUACAAUUCAGUGGAUAGCUGGAUGAUUGUGCCCAACAUUAAACAGAACCACUACACAGUGCAUGGACUUCAGAGCGGGACCCGCUACAUCUUCAUUGUUAAAGCCAUAAACCAAGCAGGCAGCCGGAACAGUGAACCCACCCGACUAAAAACAAAUAGCCAACCCUUUAAACUGGAUCCCAAAAUGACUCACAAGAAGUUGAAGAUCUCCAAUGAUGGGCUGCAGAUGGAGAAGGAUGAGAGCUCUCUGAAGAAGAGCCAUACCCCGGAGAGGUUUAGUAGUACGGGCUGCUACGGAGCAGCGGGAAAUAUAUUCAUUGACAGUGGCUGCCACUACUGGGAGGUGGUCAUGGGUUCCUCCACCUGGUAUGCAAUUGGUAUUGCCUACAAAUCAGCUCCCAAGAAUGAAUGGAUUGGCAAGAAUGCCUCCUCGUGGGUCUUCUCUCGAUGCAACAGUAACUUUGUAGUGAGACAUAACAACAAGGAAAUGCUGGUGGAUGUGCCCCCACAGUUGAAACGUCUCGGUGUUCUUCUGGAUUAUGACAACAACAUGCUGUCUUUCUAUGACCCAGCUAACUCUCUCCAUCUUCAUACUUUUGACGUGACCUUCAUUCUUCCAGUUUGCCCAACAUUCACAAUCUGGAACAAAUCCCUAAUGAUCCUGUCUGGCUUGCCUGCCCCAGAUUUUAUUGAUUAUCCUGAGCGGCAGGAAUGCAACUGCAGGCCUCAAGAAUCCCCUUAUGUUUCUGGGAUGAAAGCUUGCCAUUAAGCUUCCAGAGAGUGUAUAACUCACUGGCUCUACAGUCCAGCAGUUCUUCCCCUCCUAAACCUCAGUUAGUGUCCAAUAUACAAGACACAAAAUAAAGUUCAUCUGAAGCAUCCAAAAUAACUAGAUAUUAUAGAUUUAAUUUUCGUGCAUUAACGCUUAUAUUCGAAUUAAUGUAUUGAGUCUCUCAGAACGAAUUAUCUGAGGAGUCUGGGUUCAAGCCAUUGGAGGAGAAAUUUAGAGAGUACCUCUCUUAUCAUUGGAGAAUUAAAAAUUCCCAGUGAUUUAGGAGUAUAAAUGAUAUUGGAAGGAAUUAGGAUAACUCUAAGUAAAUAAUGUAGAAAGAUGCUCUGAACAAGGGGCUAGCCAGCCGGAAAGGUGUGUGUGGAGGGUGUCAGCCUUUCUGGCACUGGCCAGUUUGGCCAAGUAGAAUUUUGAAGUGUCGAAGGAUCACAUAUUAUAUGUAGUUUUUGAUAAAAAGCCUACAAUCAAGGAUUUAUUAUACGAAGAACAUGUAUGUGUAUAUAUAAUAUAUAUAUAAAAUGAAUACAUAAUAUAUGUUAUGUAUUCAUUUUAUAAUUAUAUAUACAUAAUAAAUUUUUUGAUUUGCUCAUUUGAGUGAGAAAUAUACUGGAAGGAAAAAUAAGUUAUAUCAUUCAUUUUUGUCCCCUAAAGGGAACAUCAUCAAAAUCAGGCCAACAUUUCCUCCCUCCCUCCAUCCAUCCGUCCCAUUCUCCCUCCUGUCACACACACAUGUGCAAUAAUGACGUAGAUGGUCGGAAGAGCUCUAAGGUGGAUUAGGAGAGAUUGGGGGACAGGAUUGCACAAGAGAUGCUAUUGCUGGAUAGAAAAUUGAUCCAAGUAGAAGCACAGUUUCACUGAGGCUACUUAAUGGAGGAGGUUCCUUUGAAUUGUUAAAAAUUCCGUCACAGAAUGUCUCAAAGAAAUACCGUCUUAUUACUCUCAAAUACAUACAGUUACUAGAAUUAGGCUAAAAAAAAAAAAAAAGAGUUGCAUAAUGGAUGUUCUUUAGGAACUUUAUUUACGUAAUCAGGAAGAAUGGAGUGUUCUAGAUGAAACAACCAUUUGCAUAUAAAUGUACUUGUAUUUUCGGAUAAAACACUUCUGAAGUACUUCAGAAUGCCGGAGAACAGUCUAUUUUACUAAACAGGUUAAAGAAUUGUUCCUCUUGCGAUCUUGUUUACACUAGUCAUCUGCUUAGCGGACCCUUCAGUGGCAAAUGCAAAUAUAACUUUCAUCCAUCCCGGUCUUCCUCGCUAUUGUUGAAGGGCAUCAAGUUUUACGGUCUGUGCUUUUGUCAGUUCCACUGCAGGGACUGGGGAUGUCAGAACCAGAGCUUUCUCCUUCCCAGGAGAUAAGUCCACCUCAAGGAGUCUACUUCUCGGGAGUUGCAAAAAUACUACUUUUGUACAAAGCGGUAGCUGUCCCAAGCCACCAGACGAGCCUUGAAACAAUGCCAAAACGUCUCCCCUCUUCCUUCCGACCACCUCGGUGGACAUUCAUUCAUUCAUUCAUUCAACAAACUACUAGAUGCUGGGUACCACUCUGCUGCUGAUGUAUUGAUAAAAACACGUCCCUUGCUGUCAGAUGCCUUACUACUCUGUAGGAGAGACAAAGUAUCUAUAUAAAUCCCCUAAAUAACAGCUUUGUAUUGUUUGUUCACCUAACAGGGAAAGCAGGACUGAUGCGCAUAUAGAGGGCAGGCUCAAACUUACGUUAUCUAGCAGCAACAUCGGCCUUUUGCUUGAAAAAACUGUAUGUCAUUUCUGCUAAUUAGGAAAGGAGCAACCUCAGUCAGAUCCAGCAGUGCCAGGAGCUAGCUUGCUGCCGUGGAAAGCCUUUGGACUAAAAUAAUCCUAGUUCUUCUGCCAUUUCCUAGCAGUGUGACCUGGGGUAUGCACGUCACUUCUCCGAGCCUCUGUUUCCUCUUCUGUAAAAUAAUACCUACCUCACAAGGCUGUUGCAAAGAUUUCAAAAGACAGCACAUGUAAACUGCCUAGCACAGCACCUGGCAUGUAGUGAAGUGCACAAGAAAUAUUAACCUCCUCCUCCCGGCCCCGGUCCCAGUGCAGUGUAGCAGUGCUUUAAAAUGAUGCCUUUCAUUUCUCAGUUACUCUGGUCUCUCCUCGAGGGCUUAGCCCCCAGUUUUUAAACAAAAGACAUGAUUUCCCCACCCCACCCCCCCCCUUCAGAAAACCUCUCACUGGCUCCCAUAGCAUUCAGUAGAAGGUCCCAUUUACUUAGGGUUUGGCUUUUCAGGUCCCCAUUUGCUUUCUCAGCUCCAUCCUUUGCCACUUUCCUCCUUCCACUUGUUACUCUAGACAAGGUCAACUCUUCACACAAGUUGUUCUCUGGGCCUGGAAUAGAAACAUUACUAAGAGUUCUGAUGCCCAGAGUGAACAGGAAUUGUUCUGACAUUGAGGGAAUCGUGUGAAAAUGCUAUAAAUGCAGAACACACCCCCUCCACCCCAGUCCAACUCCCUUUACCUUAUCCUUGGGGCUCCCCAGCUAUUCAUUUUUUUGUGCCCUUUAGGUUUUAGUGGCCUGGGACAAAGCUUCAAUUUCCCCUCCUUACAUUUGACUACCUUACCUAGACUACCUUUCCCCACCCUGCCCCUCUCAACCAGAUUAACUCUUGACCCCCCUCCCCCCACCCCUCUCAACCAGAUUAACUCUUGACCCCCCUCCCCCCGCCCCUAGACUGGGGUAUGUUCUCAUCUGAGCUCUCAUGGCACCCUGAGCGUUCCCCACCCCCUUCUCAGCAAUAAUCACCUUGCACAGCAGUGUUUUUCAAAGUGUGGUCCUUAGACCGCCUGUUAGAGUCACCUUUGGUGUUUGUUAAAACAAUUGAUCCUAGACCCCACUCCUGAUCUACUUAAUUGGACUAUCUGGGCACAUAAGUGGAAUUUCACAUUUUGAACAGGUUCCCAGGUAAUUCUGAUGCACACAAAAGUUUAAUGUAUAAUAAUCAUCUUCCCUACUAGACUGUGAAUACCUUGAGGGCAGGGACUGUGUCUUUUGUUGUUGUAUUUUUUAAUACUCAGCAUGGUGUGUGGAACAGAGUGGUUGCCUGACUAAAGUUUAUUGAAUGAAUGUAUGAAUGACGAAUGAAUAAGCAAAGUUUCCCUGUUGUACUCUGAUAUCCAUACCGGUGUUUGUUAUUUCCUGGGCAGAAAAGUUUGGUUACUUCUCCAUUUGGGCUAUGUUAAUAUUAUUUUUGCAAAUGUCCCAGGACUCAUACAUAUCAAUGACUAUUGUCUGCCUCAGAAGCUCUGUGGAAGUUAACUUGGGGAAUUGUCUAGAGCAUGUGGCACCAUUCUUUUCAAGAACUUUCCAGUCUUUUCAAACUUCGUUCUUUGAAGGUGGAUUUAAGUUUGGGCUACAGCCAAAAAUCACUCAGAGCUUAACCUACUGAAUAAUGCAGGAAAUUAAACUGGGUUUGAGGUAAGCAAUGACGUUUCUGAGCCAAAUAAUGAAAAGUGCUUUCCAAGAAACAACAUGGUGGUAAAGUACACCUGUGGGGAGUGUGGUGAGUCCUGGAGACUUCAAGGCUUUCAUAGAUUGUGGCAAUGCCAGGGACCUUAUUGACUGCCUCUAGCUAAAUAAACCCAGUUGGACAAAGGGAAUAGGACCUGAAUUUAACAUCUUCAAGGAAGGUGACGCCCUCAGUUUUCAUUGUUGUUGCCCUACUCAAUCUAUUCCCCUACGAUCCUUUCUGCUAGCAAAUUAUUCUUUCUGUCUGCAAUUUAUGCUCGUUUCCACUUUUUUAUAUUGUCUUAUUGAAGAAAGCACAAAAUUAAUCAAAAUAAAGUUAAACCUGUUUUGAGAAUAUGAAAGAAAUUUUAAUGCCACAUUGGAGUUGUGACUACUUGUAAGAAUUGCUGCAUCUGUAUGUGUUUUUAUCAUGUAAUUCCAUUGUGUAACUUUGGAUGCAGUGAAAUUCAGAUUUCAGCAAAAUCACUUUUAUGUUCUUUUCAGCUUAAAUACACUAGGUGAAUUUUCUAAGCUUCCAUGGUUUACAUAUUUAUAUAUGACUACCUGGAUGGAGCAAUCCAUGGAUGGACUUUUUGAUAAGCUCAAAUAUUUGAUACCCUUUCCUCUACAGAAUGGAAAUGUGAGGCUGACAGAUAAGAACCACUCCCAUGCUUAUUUCAAUUCCUGAAGCCAAUUGCAGCCUUGGAGCCGUUGGCUGUAUUUGGCUGUGUAUUACAAGUUGGCCAGGUGGGCUGCCAUCAGGGCAGGUAAAACUGCCUUUUACGGUCUGGUCUGCCAGCUUCAGACAUAUACUGUGUUGUUGUUGUUGGCUAGAAUAUUUAUUAGACUAUUGUCGGACUAUUUUUUAUUGAAUAUUUUAUCCCAGGCUUGUUUGUACUGGGAGCUCUGGACCAAUAGUGUCUCUCCUAGUGACAGAAAUCUGAGCAUCUGUGGAUUACACAGCCUCAUCCUUCUAAAAUAUCCCAGCCAUCCAAAAUGCUAUAUUAUGAAUUAAAUAAAUAUAUAUGUAUUCAU